AUGGCGGCGACCGGAGCAGCGGCGGCGGCAGAGGAGCUGAUGGUGGCGGCAAUGCUGGUGCUGGGGAUGGCAAUGGCGCCGUCGGCGGUGGUGUGCGGGGAAGAUGGGGUGCGAUGCCUCCGCGGGGUGAAGGAUGCCCUGGGAGAUUCGCAGGGCAGGCUGAGCUCUACCUGGCACUUUGGUAACAGCAGCGUCGCCUUCAUCUGCUCCUUCGUCGGCGUCUCCUGUUGGAACUUCCAGGAGAACCGGGUGUUGGAGCUCAGGCUGCAGUCGAUGGGGCUUGCCGGCGAGAUCCCUUCGGCGCUGCAGUACUGCACCUCCACCACCACCCUCGACCUCUCAGGGAACGCCCUCUCGGGCCCCAUCCCCCCGGGGCUCUGCAAGUGGUUGCCCUACCUCGUCCACCUCGAUCUGUCCGGCAACGAGCUCUCCGGCGCGAUUCCUCCCGACCUCGUCGACUGCAACUUCCUCAACACGCUCAUCCUCUCCGGCAACCGCCUCUCCGGCUCCAUCCCCUCCCAGUUCUCCCGCCUACCCCGCCUCAAGAGGUUCGCUGUUUCCAGGAACAGCCUCUCCGGCCCCAUCCCCCAGGGUUUUGCGGCCUUCAAUCCCGCUGACUUCGAGGGGAACUCGGGGCUCUGCGGCCGUCCGCUGGGCUCCAGGUGCGGCGGCGGUCUCAGCCGGAGGAGCCUCAUCAUCAUCAUCGCCGCCGGCGCCUUCGCCGCCGCAUCUUCGGCCCUCCUGGCAUUCGGGAUCUGGCGCAGGUGGGUCGUCCAUCCUGCCCAGAGAAGAAGGGGCGCCGCCAAGGAGGAACAGUGUUCGUGGGUGGAGCGGCUCAAGUACCACCGACUCGCGCAGGUCUCUCUCUUCCAGAAGCCCAUCGUGAAGCUCAAGAUCGCCGAUCUGAUGGCCGCGACCAACGAGUUCAACCCCGGGAACAUCAUCUCCGUCUCGGCCAGGGCCGGGACUUCCUACAGGGCCGUCCUCUGCGACGGCUCCGCCCUCUCCGUCAAGCGGCUGCACGCCUGCACGCUCUCUGAGAAGCAGUUCCGCAGCGAGAUUGGCCAUCUCGGGCAGCUCCGACACCCCAACCUCGUCCCCCUUCUGGGUUACUGCGUCGUGGAGAAUGAGCGGCUCCUGGUUUACAAGCACAUACCGAACGGGUCUCUGUUCACUCGGCUACACUCUGUGACUGCGCCGCUGGACUGGCCUGCGAGGCUCAAGAUCGGGAUAGGCGCUGCAAGAGGGUUGGCCUGGCUGCACCACGGCAUCCACCCGCCAUUGAUCCACCAGAGCUUGAGCACCAGGGUCAUUCUUCUCAACGAGGACAACGAGCCCCGGAUCACAGACUUCGGGCUGGCGGCGCUCGCCGGCAGGGCCGGAGACAGCGCGAGCACCAGUCCCUUCGUCAAUGGGGACCUUAGUGACAUCGGGUAUCUAGCACCGGAGUACUCGACCAUCACGGUGCCGUCUCUGAAAGGGGACGUCUAUGGGUUUGGCGUGAUUCUGCUGGAGCUGGUGACCGGGCAGAAACCCCUCGAGGUGGUGGGCAAUGCAGGUGAAAUUUUCAAGGGGAAUGUGGUGGACUGGGUUAAUCAGUUCUCCAUUGCUGGCCAGAUGAGUGACGCCGUUGAUCAAUCCAUCCGAGGAACGGGGGACGACGGUGAGAUCUUGCAGGUCCUGAAGAUUGCUCGCAGGUGUGUGGCGUCCAGGCCAAAGGAGAGGAUCCCUAUGCACCAGGUUUACCAGUCCCUGAAAGUCAUCGGAGAGACCCACGAAUUUUCUGAGCAGUUCGACGACUUUCCACUGAUUUACGGGAAAGAUGAUCCAGAAGCUCAGUAG